AUGAGACCCAAGGCAGAGCUGGACAAAUACGGUGUUCACUUCAGUUUGGAUAAGCGAGCCCGCUGGGAACACCGCGAGAUGCUGCGUCUCUGGCAUGGUCUGUCAACGGAACUGGGCGCUACUCUCUCGCCAACGGCUCCCAUUCGCACCUGCCUCUUGUCUGACUUUGCGCGUCUGCCUGCGGUCGAGGCCUCCGCCUGGCUGCCCCCUGACGAGGUCAUUCACAUGGAAGCAACUGCCGAUGAUAUAUUUGUACCCGAGAAUGACAACCAGCCAAUAAUCAAUCCGUUCACCCGGCUCUGCCUGGUUGGUUCGUCCAGUUUGGCCUCAUUUUCAGGUGCCCUCCCUCGGUUAGGCCUCUUACUGACCCUGACAGAAGCACAGAGACAAUUAGAUGAGAAAUGGGAGCCAUCUAACCGAUUUUUCACCAGUCUUUGUGACGGGGCCGGUUGA